GCUGUUGUAGUUGCAGUAGUUAAAAUCUGAGCAUGUGUAGAGCUCAUCGUAAUUUGCUGAGAUGUUUCAUUUUAACAUUUGUGCCACAGGAAAAUAAUUAAUGGCCAAAGCUGAUGCAGAGUCAUUCUACUGUACCCCAUGGGAUGCCAAAAAUAAAUGCCCAAGAAAACCAAUCAUUUAAUGGUGCUUUAAUCCUGCCCUUCUUUUCUUUUCCUCUUACCUCACUUAGACCCACUGAAAUCCUCCUAAGCAGAAAACCACAGAAGAAGUGACAGGAAAGAAAGAUGGACUCUAUCUCUAUGAUGGGCAGCAGGAGCCCUGUGUUCCUCACAGCCCCAUCCUCCCACCACCUCCGACACACACAGACCUGUUUCCUGCCCAAUGGCACAAAGAGCCGAAUUGGAGAUGUAGAGACUGCCCAUCUGCUUGCCCAGCCCACAGUGGCCAUCCUGGGCUCAGGUGACUUCUCCAAGUGCCUGACCAUCCGUCUGCUGCGAUGUGGCUUCCAUGUGGUGGUAGGAAGCCGCCAUCCCAAACUGGUAGCCCAGUCAUUUCCUCAUGUGGUGGAUGUGACCCACCAUGAAGAUGCUGUGGGGAAGGCUGGCAUCGUGUUCCUGGCAAUCCGCCGUGAGCACUACUCUUUCCUGUGGGACCUCAAGCAUCUACUGGAAGGAAAGAUCCUUGUGGACGUGAGUAACAACAGGAGGGUGAACCAGUAUCCAGAGUCUAAUGCUGAGUAUCUGGCUUCACUGCUGCCAGACUCUGUUACGGUCAAAGGCUUCAAUGUCAUCCCAGCCUGGGCCAUGCAACAGAGCUGCCCCAAAGAUGCCAGCACACAGGUGUUCAUCUGCAGUGACUCAGUGGAUGCUCGACAGCAGGUUAUGGAAUUAGCCCGCCAGCUCAACUUCCAGCCGGUGGAUAUGGGCACCCUGUCCUCUUCGCGGGACAUUGAGAACAUUCCCAUACAGUUAUUUCCUGGCUGGAAGGGCCCUGUCCUUGCUGCUGUGGCCCUGUCCAUCUUCUUUUUUUCUUACUCUUUUGUACGAGAUAUCAUCCACCCAUAUGUGAAACACAAGCAGAGUGACUUCUAUAAGAUCCCCAUAGAGAUGGUGAACCGGACACUGCCGACUGUUGCCAUCACUCUGUUGGCCUUGGUGUACCUGGCAGGCCAGCUGGCAGCUGCCCACCAGCUCUACUAUGGUACCAAGUACAGGCAUUUCCCACACUGGCUGGAGGGCUGGCUGCAGAGCCGCAAACAGCUGGGCCUCCUGAGCUUCUUCCUGGCUGCUGUCCAUGUACUCUACAGCCUCUGUCUGCCCAUGAGGAGGUCUGAGAGGUACCUACUGCUCAACACUGCCUACCAGCAGGUCCAUGCUAAUGUGGAGAAUGCAUGGAAUGAGGAGGAAGUGUGGAGGGUGGAGAUGUACGUUUCCUUUGGGAUCAUGAGUCUUGGGCUCCUGUCGCUUCUGGCCAUCACCUCCAUUCCCUCUGUCCACAGCACUCUCAACUGGAGGGAGUUCAGCUUCAUACAGUCCACGCUAGGCUACAUCGCUCUGCUCAUUGCUACUUUCCACGGCCUGCUGUUUGGAUGGAAGCGAGCCUUUGAGGAGGAAGCCUACCGUUUCUACCUGCCCCCCAGCUUUGUGGUGGCCCUGGCCCUGCCGGUGUGUGUUAUCCUGGGGAAGGUGCUGAUGCUGCUUCCUUGUGUGGCCAGCAAGCUCCACAGAGUCCGCCGGGGCCUGGACAGCAAUCACCACCGGUGCCAGCGCCUGGAGCCAGUGGGCUCAGCUGCCCACGUUUCACCUGAGAGAAUUACCAUCAUGUGAUUGCUGCAGCACAGAGCUGUUUGCUCGCUCAUUGUUUUGAUUUACCAGUACUGCCAUAAUUAGUUGUUUUAAUGAAGGAAAUGAACACUAUUUAUUCAUGAUUCUCAAUGGGGGAGGGGUAUUCUUACUAUGUUACAGUAGACAGUUUUUGCUGAUGUGAAUUGUGUAGUGAUUAGCUGUUACUAUUCACUUAAACUCCUGACCUCGUGUUGUUAUUGCUGGUGUGUUACAGUUUGUCCAUCUAAACUGUAAAAUGGAAUAUUCUUCACUUGAUUGUAUCUGUAUUUCACAAAUUCUUGUUUUAGACAUUACACUGAGCUACAGAGUUUUUGUCAUGACUGAACUCUAAUUUUAUUUGUUCUACUCGGCAGGGGAAAACAGAUGCAUACAAUACAUUCUCACUCUGACCUCGUCACAUAUAAGCGUUUGGUUGUGGACUUUCCACGUCGACAUAUGACAUGCAAGG